CUUCAAAUGGAUUAGCUGCUUCAAAGCACCAGAAAUCACCGCAAAAAUGGCUUUCACUUCUUGUCUCAAAUCUUACACAUGGUCUCCCUCUCCAUCUCUCCCCCGAAAACCCACUUCAAACUCCACCAUCUUCUUCGCCUCCUCACAGCCCCAACAAACCCAGACCCACUCUUCACUUUCUCAGAACCUCACCCCAUCCCAGCUCCUCGACACUCUCUGUCGGGAAACAGACGAAUCCUCCGCUCUCCGCCUAUUCAAUUGGGCUUCAAAGCAGCCAAAUUUUACUCCAAGUUUGCCCAUUUACGAAGCGCUUCUUGCCAAACUUGGAAAGGCCGGCUCUUUCGAUGCGGUUGAAGGUAUUCUGGAGGAGAUAAAGCUCUCGGGAUGUGAAGUUACCACAGGUACUUUCUUAAUUCUCAUCGAGAACUAUGCUAAGUUUGAGUUGUAUGAUGAAAUUCUUGGUGUUGUUGAAUUGAUGGAGAGUGAGUUUGGGUUACAGCCCAACACCCAUUUUUACAAUUCCCUGUUGAAUUUUCUUGUUGAUGGGAAUAAGCUGAAGUUAUUAGAGAUUGCACAUAAUGGCAUGGUCAGUAGAGGGAUUAAGCCUGAUGUUUCUACUUUUAAUAUAUUGAUUAAAGCUUUAUGUAAAGCACAUCAAAUUAGGCCUGCAGUUUUGAUGAUGGAAGAUAUGGCUAGUUAUGGGUUGACCCCAGAUGAGAUAACUUAUACUACUUUAAUGCAAGGGUUUAUUAAGGAGGGUGAUUUGAAUGGUGCGAUGAGAAUUAGAGAUUACAUGAGGGAAGCUGGAUGUGCAGCUACUAAUGUGACUGUGAAUGUUUUGGUACAUGGGUUUUGCGAGGAGGGUCGAAUUGAGGAAGCUAUGAAUUUUAUUCAAGAGAUGACAAGUGUUGGAUUUUAUCCUGAUCAGUUCACAUUCAAUACGUUAGUGAAUGGUUUGUGCAAGGCAGGGCAUGUUAAGCAUGCUUUGGAGGUCAUGGAUUUGAUGCUUCAAGAGGGCUUUGAUCCAGAUAUAUUUACCUACAACUCCUUGAUUUCUGGAUUGUGCAAACUGGGUGAGGUUGAGGAGGCAGUUGAGAUUCUGAAUCAGAUGGUUUUGAGGGAUUGUUCGCCGAACACUGUUACGUAUAAUGCUUUGAUUAGCACCUUGUGUAAAGAUAACCACGUUGAAGAGGCUAGCAGACUCACUCAGGUUCUUACAAGUAAGGGAAUUGUACCGGAUGUUUGUACAUUUAAUUCUUUGAUACAAGGUCUGUUCUUGACAAGAAACCAUAGUAGUGCCAUGGAAUUGUUUGAGGAGAUGAAGAACAAAGGAUGCCAGCCGGAUGAAUAUACUUACAAUAUGUUGAUUGACAACUUGUGUUUUAGAGGGAAAAUGGAAGAGGCCUUAAGCCUGCUCAAAGAAAUGGAAUCGAGUUGGUGUACUCCAAAUGUUGUCACAUAUAAUACUUUGAUUGAUGGAUUUAUUAAAAACAAGAGGAUUGAAGAAGCAGAGGAGAUCUUUGAUGAAAUGGAACUUCAAGGGGUUUCAAGAAAUGCAGUGACCUAUAACACCCUCAUAGAUGGUCUUUGUAAGAGCAGGAGGGUGGAGGACACUGCACAGCUUAUGGACCAGAUGUUAAUGGAAGGAUUGAAGCCUGACAAAUUCACUUACAAUUCUCUGCUUACAUACUUUUGCAGGGUUGGGGAUUUAAAAAAGGCAGCUGAUAUUGUACAGACUAUGACUUCGAAUGGGUGUGAGCCAGAUAUUGUCACCUAUGGAACCCUGAUUGGGGGACUUUGUAAGGCAGGUAGAGUUGAGAUUGCAAAUAGGCUCCUUAUAACUGUUCAAAUGAAAGGAAUGGUUUUGACCCCACAUACUUAUAACCCUGUUAUACAAGCACUCUUUAGACGGAAGAGAUCUAAUGAAGCCAUGAGACUUUUCAGAGAGAUGACAGAGAAGGGUGAUCCUCCAGACACUGUCUCAUAUAAGAUUGUUUUCCGUGGGCUCUGUUGUGGAGGAGGACCAAUCAGAGAAGCUGUUGAUUUUUUGGUUGAAAUGAUUGAGAAAGGAUUUUUACCAGAAUUCUCAUCAUUCUAUAUGCUGGCUGAAGGACUUUGUGCUUUAGCUAUGGAAGACACCUUAGUAAAACUUGUCUAUAUGAUAAUGGAGAAAGCAAAUUGUUCAGGCAGUGAGGUCGCUGUGAUAAGAGGAUUCCUAAAAAUCCGCAAAUUUGAAGAUGCAUUGGCUACCCUUGGCAGCAUUUUGGACAAGAGAAAGCCAAAAAAAACUUUCUGGUCAAGAUGAAGCCACUCUCAUGGUUGCUUGCUUACACAAAUUUGUCACCUGAUACUUAACCCGCCAAUGCACUUGGGAAUCCAUCCACCACAAGGAUAUUCUGCUUUCCGCAGAAAUUUUGGAGCUGGGAAAAAACUGUGCUGUACAUAGAACACAUCAACACAUAUAGACUUCCUUUCCUAUUCCAAAAUUCCCAAGGAGGAGAUUUCGUCUUCUACCUUCAGCUUCAGCAUCUGCAUUAUUCUUGUAGACCAGCAACCCUUGCUUUUUCUAAAUGGAGAUACACUACCAGAGCUGAUUCUAGAUAAAUUUCCCUGUGUUAUUUUUUUGGUAAAUUGUAAAGAAUACUUCUGAUCUGUAUCCUUGUGGACAGUCUAAACCUCUCCAUUAGUAGUCAUUGUAUUUAGUCAAAAAUCUAGUUGUGGAUUAUUUUUUUGGUUUCCUAUCCGGUAUCCGGGACUUCGCCCCAACUAAUUCAG